AGUUUCUUUGCGUGUGUUCUUGUCGCUGAAUGCAGACGGGCAUGGCCAGAACACAUACAAUGAUAAUGGAGACUACAAUGAAGAUUACGGAGAUUCUUUCAGCCCGCAGAAGUCGCCGCCGCAUGGAGUCCUUAGUUCGACGGUAGUGGGACCAAUGGGCAGUUAUGAAGACGAAUCAGCUGACGUGGCGGACGAUCCGACUGAUUGCUUCUCUGACAGAACAACAGCUAUGUCUGAAGGUGGUCAACCAUAUGUUCCUGAAUGUACUCCUGAUGGUCGAUACCAUAAGGUACAAUGCUACAAAUCUGCUGGUUACUGUUGGUGUGUGAAUGAGGAUUCAGGAAAAAAUAUACCAGGAACUUCAAUAAAAAAUGGCACUCCACACUGUGAUCAUCUCAAAAGUACUACCAGAACUAUGAAAGGUUGUCCAGAAGAGAAAAAAGAAAUAUUCCUGAAAGAAUUGCUUACUUUUCUGCAUUCAAAGAUGAAUGAACUCAUGAACACAACAAAUAACAGCAACUUAGCUUGGAUAAACUCUAAGGAAGAGCAAGCCGCAACAUGGAGUUUUGUUGUAUUAGACAAGAAUAAAAAUAAAAUGUGGGAAAGAAGUGAAUGGAAAACGUUCAAGGAUAUGGUAGGAAGUAUAAAGGGGCUGAGAAAAUGUGGCAAGAAAUUGCCGAGAUACUGUGAUAGUAAUCGAGAUAGGCAAGUUAGCAUGACAGAAUGGCUAGAUUGUCUAAACAUACACCAGGGUAUGGAUUCAAUUCCAUCACUCUCAUCGAGGGCAGGUAAAACUAACCCUCUCAGUAUGCUGAAGGAUGAUUGAGAAGAGAUUAUUUAUGUUCUGCUUCUGAAGUGGUGCUAUGAUAUGAUGGUUGCAAGGAUGCAAUCACGGGACUGGUCUACAUUAGUACACAGCUUGUCUUCAUAUGUUCACCUAUAAGAGCAAUUUGCAUAUACAUACAGACAAAUAAACAAUAUGAUGGAGAUUAAAUGUUAGUUGUUGGCUAUGCAAUUUCACAUAAAUGACAUAAAUUGUUCGCAGGCGUUCCCAGUUUUCAAUCAUAAAGGUGGUGAAAGUAAAGUUCACAACGUUUAAGCUCGAAAGUACUUGCCAUUAUUUAAUUUUUAGUAUUUUACAAAUUAUAUACUCAAGUCGGAUCGAACCUCUUGAAAAUGAGCACAGAUAUUUUGUUUAACCAAUAAAAUCAAUCCUUCUUGAGUUGUGUUCUACAAAAGCUAAAUUAUAUUGAAUUUAUCUAGAAGAAAUUGCACUCAUUAAGUUUAUUUACUAUUAAUUUUUAAGGCUUGUUCUAUCCUAACUUACUUAAAACAAGUAAGUAAAUUCAAUGAUGUCUAAUACACAUUCACUAAUGUAUUCAUUGAUUGGUCUAUUUGAAGCACAUUUCAUUUUGGUUGGUUAUGAAUUUAUAUUAGGCAUCAAUGAAUUCAUUUGGAUACCUUCAAAGUUCAUCACAUAUUUGUUCUAGUCAAACUGUUCACAUUUGUUUUCAUUGCACUAGUGAAUUUAAGUGAGUUUUUGGAGGACCAACACAUAAUAAAUUCAAGUCACUCUGAAAAAAUAUAAAGGAGGGUCUUCAAUAUAGAAAAGGGGGGUCUUCAAUAUAGAGCAUGGAUGUACGUAUAGUAUUAAAUAAUUAUCAUUGUAAUGUUCUGCUUUAACCACCUGUCGAAAACACUAUAUGACUGUUGUGAAAUUAAGUUUACUGUAUAUAUGAAAAUAAAAUAGAUUUUCAUUGAUUUGUUGCAGUUGACAUUUCUGAAAAUACAUUACAAAAGAAAGAUAAGGUAAUGUUUUGGUGAACUAUAUUGUUGCUCUGAAGUGUAGGUGUCAUUUCUGUAUUCAUGGGCUCACAAAUUAUUCAAGUUCAAUUUUUAAAUUCCUUGCAAACAGUUUUGGUAAAUAAGAUGGAGUGAAACACUCAACACGCAGUUUAUUAGUUGUUUUUAUAUUUGAUCAUCUAAGAUUUGAAUAUGUGAUUGUAGCUGUAAAUAAAGCAAACUCUAGACAACAGGGACUAACUGAAUAUUUUGAAAAAAUAUAGUUUUCCAUUUAAAUAUCAGAAGUACUGAAAACAAAUAUGGAUGAAUGUAAAUCAUUUCUGAAUCAGUUUGAAGGAUAAUUUGUUGGGAAAGAAAAGUUUUCCCUAUCUACUUCUCCAUCUUGAUACAAAAAAUGUGGGAAUCUUUCUAUACCCUCCUUUCUCCUCCUAUACCUUUUCAAUUUAUUAAAGAUGAUUUGAUUUAGAUAUAAUAAUAUUAGCAGUAACAUGGAAACUUUACAACAUGAGCUUGUUCAAUUUAGAUGGAUAGGAUUUAAUUUAUAAUAUUAGAACCACAAACAUAAAAUACAGGAAGUGAAACAAAAUUGUAACUGUAAUGAAUGAAUAUGUCAAAGAAAUUAUGAAUACUCACUUCCUCAUUUAUAUGAUAAAACUCCCAAUAAUAUUUAAGAAAUAAAAUCCUAAAUUUUGUAUAAGAAACCUGUGAAAAUAUGGAUUAUUUCGACACGUAGAAAUGUUUUUCAUGAUGUAAUUACCAUUUGAACUUUUAAAUUCCAAUGAUUAUAUGAAAUAACUGAUUACCUCUUGAAAACCGUUUAAAAAUUUUGUAACAUCCUUAUGACAAGUUAUUAACUUUGUAAGGUUGUAUUUGUUUAUUUAUUGUAUGAAACAUAGAUUAUAAUUGUAGCUUUUAUGUAAAUUUUGAUGAAUAAACUCUAAAAGUAU